UGCAGGGGUGGAACCAGAGCUCUUUGGUGAAACUGCGCUGUCGUCACAAUCGCAGACUCUGGUCUGCGAAGAGGGGCGGGGGAGCCGAAAGCGAGAGUAGCCUACAAACUUCUUCACGCUGGAGGAAGACACGAAAACAAACUGCCGCAAACCGAGAACGAAGAGUAAACUAAUUUAUACAGAACACACGGAAGAGAGUUGCUCCGGUCAGUCGUGACUCGAGGUCGAAUUUGGAGUAGAAAAAAGAUGGCUAGUAGUGGUAUAUUUGGAUGGGGUCCAGCUAUGAACCAAGGGAACCCUUACCUGGAGAUCAUAGAGCAGCCCAAGCAGAGGGGCAUGCGCUUCAGGUACAAGUGUGAGGGCCGGUCAGCGGGUAGCAUCCCGGGCGAGAAGAGCAACGACACGACCAAGACGCACCCCGCCAUCAAGGUCCACAACUACAGUGGCCCACUCCGCGUGCGCAUUUCCCUGGUUACCAAAACCCCUCCCUACAAGCCACACCCCCACGAGCUCGUUGGCAAGGACUGUAAGCACGGUUACUACGAGGCCGAUCUGCAGGACAGACGCGUGCACAGCUUUCAGAAUCUGGGCAUUCAGUGCGUGAAGAAGAAAGAUGUGGCCGAGGCCAUUUCCUGCAGGUUGCAGACGCACAACAAUCCCUACAACAGUGAGUACUGCACGCCGUUUCGGCUGUGGCACACGGCUCGCUGGAGUCAUGUUUUCACACUUGAGUCAAUACGCUGUAUUUUUCUCUGUUCAGCUUUUACGUCUGUUGACCUGUGUACGCCCCCUCACCUGUUGUCCCAGCCCAUAUACGACAACCGGGCUCCCAACACCGCCGAGCUGAAGAUCUGUCGGGUGAACAAGAACUCCGGGAGCUGCAGGGGCGGCGAUGAAAUCUUCCUUCUGUGUGACAAAGUGCAGAAAGAGGACAUCGAGGUGCGCUUCUACCUGGACUCCUGGGAGGGGAAAGGGUCCUUCUCCCAGGCGGACGUCCACCGGCAGGUGGCCAUCGUCUUCCGCACGCCCCCCUACAGUGACCCCCACCUCACGGAGCCCGUGCGGGUGAAGAUGCAGCUGCGCAGGCCGUCCGAUCGCGAGGUCAGCGAGCCCGUGGACUUCCAGUACCUGCCUGCCGACCAAGAUGAGUACAGACUGUUGGAGAAGAGGAAGCGCACUGAGGGAAUGUUCCAGAACCUGAAGCUGGGAAACAGCAUGCCAGGGCCUGUGUCCGGAGAGAGGAGACCGUUCCCCGCGGCCAGGAGAACAGUGCCUGCUUCCAAACCCCCAGCCGCUCGGGUGCAGCCUGUGGUACACUCUGUGGCUCCGGUGGCUCCAGUCAAACCCUCGCCGUUUUUCGGGCAGCAGCCGGGCCAGCUGUUCUCCGCCCCGCCCAAGUCGGAGGCGGUCCCCGUCUCGGAACCCUGGCAGUUCCCCGGCGGCCUCGCUCUGGACUCCCAGCCGACGGCCUCCACGGUGACCAGCCUCUCCGCCCCCGGCCCCGCCCCUUCCGCGGCGGCCCCCUCCCAAGACUUCCGCACCGUGAACCUGUCCGACCUGUUCGGGUUCAACUUCCCCUUCUCCAGCAGCCAGGAAACGGGGUCCAAGCUGGGCGCUGCUGACGGAGCAGGAGGAGGUGCAGGAGGAGGCGGAGGAGGUGGAGUCGGGGCGGGGGUUCCCGAGGCCGCCGUCCACUCGGAGCCCGGGUCCGCCUUCGGGGCGAUUGGGUCGGGGGCGCGGUUCAGGACAGACCACGCGCUGGGUGACGAAGAGCUGGCCGAAUUCCCCUGCCUGAGGGACGCCCACGUGUCCGGCAAUCUGGACAGCAUCGACACCGAGGCCUUCCAGGCCCUGCUGGGCCAGAGCGGCAUGGCGGGGGAUGGUCUGGGCAACGCUGGGGGGUCCUGCCCCAUGGCCCAGUCCUCCUCAGCCUCCGACAGUUCCGCUCACGAGCCCCCCGACCUGUCCGCCAACAACCACGUCUGCGGGGGCACGUGGAUGAAUUACCCCAACAGCAUCAUGAGCCUGCUGCAGAACGAGGGCAUGAUGGAGGUCCCCAUGGCCGCGGCGAGCAACCCCCCGGUCCUCGACGACCUGGACGACCUGGACGAGGACCGCCUCAUGUCCCUUCUGAACUGCGGCACCCCGCCCAGCUUCAUGCCCGGACACCACACUUAACCCCGCCUACUCCCUGCUUCUUCGUUGGCCAAACUGAGCUGCCCCAAUGUGUUCCCCCCUCCCCCUCUGUCCUCCCCCAGCAGUUCUGGUCAUGCUGUUGUUGCCAUGGUGCUGGAGGGGCUCAGGCAACAAACAGUCAAAAUGGGGAAGGUUUGAGACUUUUCAGACGAGGGGUUCGUUUCUCCUUGUUAUAGGUGUGGGUUUGCUCAGGACCUCCCAAGCUAUGCCGGGGCAUAUUAAACAGGAAUUUGUAUAUAGUGGGGGGGGGGGGGGACCCUGUUUUAACAGGGCCAUACAUGUAUCUAGAGUCUGCUGAAAGCCAGAGAGGUCAUGCCCACGUAAGUGUUUUUAUAAAUGCUGUCAAAUAUGAAUAUGCAAUGCACACCGCCCAGGGAAAAAAAAGAAAAAGAAAAAAGUGGGCGGGGCUAGACUGAAGGAAGUACUUUUUAUUCAAAGCAACUGGACAACUGUAAACUUGCUUUUGUUGUAUCAUGACCGUACGUUACUGUCCAGGACCCCACUGUAUUUCAGUGUGUCUACAGAAGAAGAUGCUCCACAGCGCACACCUUGUUAAAUGUCUCCACUGGAAAAUCCUGACCCCUGUAAAGCAGCCUUGCCAAGAAGUGUCUUCAGGGUCACAGGACGAAGUUGCAACUGUUCAGUCCGUACCGUGGGUUCGAAAACCUUGGAUGGGAACGUGCUGGAAAGAAACCGUGAAGAAAAUCCACAGCAAAAUACAGUUUUGGUCUCAUUAUUGCUGAUCUGAUUCUUUGUUCCCUUUUGGACAUACUGAGGUAACUCAAGAGAAGCUUGCUGUAUUGCAGACAGCCUCACAAGUCCUGCCUGCAGAAGUGUGGUGGAAUAAUUCCCUCAUUUUGGGGCGAGGUGUGGAUCCCAGUCCAAUCUACUGGUGCUGUUCCAUUCAGCAGCGGGGAGUGUUUGGACUUCCUGUUCCUCCCAGAAUGGCAGGGGGGAGUAGGGCGGUUGAAUAGCUAGUAGAGAGAGGGCCAGCAGUUCACAGCAGACUCUCUUCAGGGGAAAGACUAGUGUGCCUUACUUACCGGCUAAAGUUGUAGCAGUGAAAAAAGAGGGAUGGCUCACCUCCAGCCCUGGAGCGGUUCCACCAGUUCCCCACCUCUCUUCCAGUCUCCAAUCUUCCAGGCUGGGUAGGAAAGUCAAGCAGGCUCGGUAGAGCCCGUUGUUUGGUUAGUCAAAGUGCCUGGCGGGAACCAAAACUGUGUGGGCACUGUUUCCCUCCAGGACUAGAGAUGAGCAACCCCAGUGUACAGUUUACUGAGCGGAACUUGUUUCAGACUGCCUGCAUGGCGGAAAAUUGGUUCCCUGAAAGGGAAACGAAGAGAAACGUGACAUCCCCAAUCUUCUCUUGUGCAGUCGGUGGUUAUUUCCUGACACUGCAUGAAAUGCUGUGUCUCGUUUCCCUGAACGGCUGUGAGCUGGAGUUCAGGGCAGGAAGCUAACUUUUUUUUGUCCACUGGCCACAGUGGCUGACGCAUCCCAAUAUUCACCAGCCAGGUUAACUGUUUUAAUGGACAACUAGGCAUUUAGAACUGAACAGGUCCUCCAAGUGAUGGGUGAUUACCUAAGGAGCUGGCAGAGUAGACCGUUAUCAGCCAGAUAAAUGUUACCAGAAUUUGGCUGGUGGCUGGUGUUGAGUUCCCAGCCAGUGUACAUUUGUACAGUAUCUUUGUUUUUACUUGUGUGUCCGUCUCUAUACUUUGUUGUCUCAUUUCUUUAUGAGGAUUUUAAUUUCAAAAACACCCGCUUGUUAGCUGAUUAACAAGACCAGGUCAAAACCUAGUAUAUGGCUGGACCUAACACACUUCAUCCAGCCGACCAAUGGUGUAACUUCGUCACUCACUCAGUCAGACAUUCACGUUUGUAGGGCUGGCCCCGCUGUUGCGGUCCAGACAAAAAAAACAAAACAGGAUUAGUUCUGCAAGUGGCAUUACUCCAGAUGAAAUGAGCAGAUGUAGCCAGUUUCUAGCAACUUGUCAGAUAGUUGUGUAUACCACAAGUUCUCAAGUGGCUCAAGUUUGAUGCCUUCGUGUCUUUUAUUGUGUCCUUAUUGUCACUUGCCAUACGGCAGCACAGAAACGUUGUAAAUGACUUCGCUAUGAUGUGCCUUUAUUCUCAGUAACGGUUGCACAAUCUGUACGCAAGCACACACUUUAUAUUUUCACAAAUACGUUCACAUACAACACCGAAGUAAAUAAAAAUCCAGUACGAACAUCAUGGUAGUAAACACACUGACGUUGCAUUGCCUUGAGACUGUUCAAUACGCAUACUGAAAAUAAACAGAAACUUCUGCCUGGA